AUGGCUGCUGCGCUUCUCCCCCGAAUAUACUCCCCGACCGUACUAUCUACGGUGUCCUUUCGCCAGUUCACCCAGAAGCUCUUCCCGUCGUUGUCGAUUGCGAUCCCUGGCAUUUCCUUAAACCUCCCCACCAUCGAUGAUAUCUGGGAGUCUGUGCUACGAGCGGUACCUAAGAACAAGGUCUCCCAUUCGAGAAAACGACACAGACAAAUGGCUGGCAAGGCGCUGAAGGAUGUGAACAACUUGUGCAAAUGUCCCGGAUGUGGUCAACCCAAGCGUACACACCGAUUAUGCCAAACCUGCUUAGAAGAAAUGAGACAAAUUUGGCGUCAGGACUACCCCAAUGAUAGGUCGAUCUAA